AUGUCGGCCUCCAGUCAAUCCAGAGCUGCCAAUGAAUUCCGCAGUGAUACCUUCACGACCCCGACGCCAUCCAUGUUGGAGGCGAUGGCGAAUGCCACCUUCGGCGAUGACGUGUAUCAGGAAGACAAGAUGACCACUGAGUUCCAAAAUGAGAUCGCCCGAUUGACUGGAAUGGAGGACGCUAUUUUCAUGCUAUCGGGAACCAUGGGAAAUCAAAUCGGCGUUCGUGUUCAUCUGUUCCAACCACCGCAUUCGGUGCUCUGCGACUAUCGGGCCCAUAUCUACGCCGCAGAGGGGUCGGGUCUGGCCGUUUUGUCUCAAGCUAUGGUGACUCCGGUGCAUCCUAAAAAUGGGCUUUAUUUGACCUUGGAAGAUGUGGAGAACUGGGUCAUUCUUGGGGAUGAUAUACACAUCGCGCCUACAAAGGUCAUCUCUCUUGAAUUGACUAUCGGUGGUGUUCUCACGCCAAUCGAAGAGAUCGAGAAGAUUUCAAAGUUUGCGCAUGCACAUAAUAUCAAGGUCCACUGCGAUGGUGCUCGACUGUGGAAUGCUUCUGCGGCUACCGGCAUCCCAUUGGCAGAUUACUGUCAAUAUUUCGACAGCAUCUCCAUGUGCGUCUCCAAGGGCCUCGGCGCGCCCGUUGGCGGAGUCCUUGCUAGUACCAAGGCAAACAUCAAGCAGGCUAGAUGGCUUCGCAAACAACAAGGUGGUGGCAUUCGCCAGGCUGGUGUAUUGACAUCCGCGGCCAUGGUUGCGCUAAAGGAAGUGUGGCCAACCAUGAAAGAAACGCACGCAAAGACCAAGAAACUCGAGGAAGAUUUGAAAGCCAUGGGAGUUGUGCCGCAAAUCCCAGUCGACACGAAUUUCUUCUUCAUCGACGCUAAGAAGUCGAACAUUGACAUGGGGAUUCUGCUCGAACAGUGCCAGAAGUUCAACGUGAAGCUGCAGGAUGAGCGAAUUGCCAUGCAUCAUCAAGUCAGCGAUGAAGCGCUUGAGAACCUCAAAGCUGCCAUUGCUGAGUCAGUGGCUUUGACCAAGGAAUUGCCGCCUGGAUACGUUCCCAAGAUCAAGCCAGCGGGGUAUGGCAGUAGUUCGAAGAUGAAUGAGUAUAAUUAG